AUACGGACCUUUACGACUACUAUUCCCCAGACCUCCGUUCUUCCUUCUACGACAAUCACGUACUCUGUACAAACCGUUUUAUCUGCGGCGACCCCCGUCAGCUUGGCCUCGAGUGGGCAGGGCGUAUGUAUCGGGGACAGGCUCGACGCGUCCGCAGAUGGUCUCCUCGCUACAAUUGUUCUCUCCAGUGCUAUUGGACUCUUGUUAUGGUUAUUAUUCGCUAUUCUGCGCCUUCGCUUUCGUCAAAUUUAUGGUCUUAGAGAGUGGUUUGUACAACAAGAUCUCCGCCCAAAGCCACUCAAGCCCACAUUGUGGGCAUUCUUAUCUCCUCCUGUUCCCCUUGUUCCUUCCAUUCCGGUAGACGUAUCGGACGCAGGCGCAUCCCCCGUUGGUGACGCGCACCUCUUUCCCUCCGACGAGGAGCUUAGCCAACGCACGCUGUGGGUAUGCUUCCUCCUGUCAUCGGGCUGGUCGAUUCUCGGUCUUGCCGCCGCCUUGCCUCUAUACCUAGUAUCCACGCCCUGCAUUCAAGAGUCCGCUAGUCAACCUCGAUUUACAGGUUUCCUUUCGACCCUUCAGGAUCUCAGUCUACUACGUCUGCUGCAACUUCUCGGUGACAGGGACAUCUCGAUAUCUAACCCCCGUACUCAGACAAGAGCCAUAGUGGAUGGUAGCGAUGUCGCGAGCAACACGCGUAUUCGAAUCAUCAUCUUGACGGUUUUCGUGAUUGUUCUUGGCCUCAUACCUUCCUUGUGGAAGAUUCUUCACGAGUUUACUAAGCUCGCUGCCUUCCGGAGGCGCUGGCUAAACGUGCACCUGCGAGGGCUAGAAAUGGGAUGGCUGAGCGCCCGCGACGCGCCCGGCUUCUCUGGCUGGGGUGAAAAGCACUUCAAAGACUUCAUCACUAGGACCGGGUUAAGCUCCUCUUUUGAUAAUCGGCCGUCCAAUGAUAUCGGGCGCAACGGACACACCCAACGCUCCGGCGUGGAUGCACCUCUGGCAAGGGCCGAAGAGGAAAAGCUGGAUGUGGAUAUACAAAGUCUGUUCUCCAUAGGGGAUACCCAGCCGUUGGCGUUGUUAAUCGAAGAGAGAGAUGAGAUUCUUGAGAACCUUGAGAUUGCGGAGACAAAGUACAUCUCGUCAUUCCGGUUGUCAACGCCUGAUCCUUCGAUUGCGGAUUUCACUCCCGUGCCCGUGUCCGACACCGAAGGGAUCCCAUAUAUCAGUCGUCCGCGCGCAUUGAGGUCCACUGCUCGGAGACGAAGAGCUCGAAACCCUGCGUAUGCGUCAUCUUCACUUACACCAACAUCGUAUGUCGCCCCUUCGCAAUACUAUAAGCUAGGCAGUUUGAGGGGUGUGAACGGAGGACGAUUCGCGGACGAAGAAGAUCCAGGACCAAGCUUCUCCGAUAGCAUCCACCAGCGCGUCGUCGGAACGCGCUUCCAAGAAGUCAAUCAUAAUUCAAGCCUCUACGGGCGAUUGCCGCUGGGAAGCCACAUACGAUUGGAAGGUGGAGUUCUCAGCCCUGAGCCAAUACCUGUUCCAUCACCAUUACUCCCCGAUCCACGUCGCUUCGGACCGAAUUACGUCGAGCCUUCAACAGAUACCGAUGGCGGCAAUCCAUCUGAGUUAGACAAGUAUGAGGGUGAAAACAGCGAACGUUGGGUCGAUGUGGCACACGAGGCACCCAUUGAUUUUAGCAAGGACGAGUCGCCUCCUCUCGCGGAGGCUUCUCCGGUGCCCGCUCAUGAACCGAGCGAAGCGGGGAUGUUCAAUUUUGAACGACGGCCAAAGAUUUUCGGACCUUCACCCUCGGACCGUAUGGAUACCUUCCCACUUCGCAACCGAGGAGCGACGUCUCGCGCGAGCGAGGUCGCUCCUCCACACCUCCGUCUUCAGGCCCAGCCUCCUUUUGUUCGUCCGGUCACGGGGCUCGACCAUGACGACCUCGGGAUUGUCUACGCAGAUAUUCGGUCUUGGAGGACCAAGCUGAAGUCGAUCAACCAGGAGAUUGCCGAUGCCCAGAACGACGCAUAUAGUGACAUCGCAGACGGUGUCAGGAUCAAGGGAUGGUUGAUGGUCGGGAGAGGUUUGCGGUAUAUCCCAGGCAUGCAAUUGAUCGAGGGGAGAGCGAAGGAAGACGUCAGAUGGGAUGAACUGCAGGGUGAAAACGACCCAUUGAAUAGGCUCGUGUUUUGGGUGAUUGUGGCUAUGGCUGGAUGCCUCUUGGCUAUCGGAUUGACUGCUGCCGCUGGACUAGCUGUUGCAACAGCCCCCGACUAUGCACACUAUCUAACAUUUUUCCAGCCGCUGGCCAACCACAACAGUUUUACGACUGGACUAUCCACCGUCCUUGCUCCUGCCGUUGGCGCGACGCUUUUCAUUGCGAUUGCUAUCGCUGGUUUAUAUAAAUCCUCCCGCCUGAUCAGUACAGCUUCCGUCUCCGCUAAUCAGCUGAUAAUCUUCAAGACCGCGUUCUAUAUGUUGACAUUCGUCGCGGCGAUCUGGUUGACCGCCGCCGGUGCCAUCCUAUACGCUUUCGGAGCGCUUAGCACGAACACGAGUAGGGCAAAAACUAUUUCAGACGGCGCCAUCUACAUCUCUGUCCUUCUGCUUGCUAUCGUCAUCAAUGUCGCAAUCAUUUCUCCUGCCUUGCUCAUGCUACAGCCUCUUAGGCUUCGCCGUGUUUUGCGCAACGAAAAGGAGGCUGUCACUCCCCGUCAACGUUUCCGCGCUGUAUACCCUAGAACUUACAGCCCUUUGUUCGCGUCAAGCUGCUGUGUCCUCGCAGUAAUUUUCUCAUCUACUUACUCACUGAUCUUUCCCUUGAUGAGUCCUGCAGCCGCGGUGUUAUUAUUGCUUACUCUCAUCGCUCAUCGCUAUCUGAUCGGCUACGUAUAUGCACGAACCUUGUCUCAGACAGGGGGCCUUCUACAAAUGUGGCUUCUGAAACGCCUCGGGACUAUUCUGGCACUGCAACCUCUCCUUCUAGGAUUGAUCUUGCUCAGCAGACAGUUGUGGGCAGAAGGCGGUGUCCUUAUCGCAGCAGCUGUGUUCACCGUCGUCUUCGUAGAGGCAUAUACGUGUUUUAAGAUGCGACAACCGGGUCUGAACUCGCUCAGCCAUGUCACUCAGAAUUCAUUGGACACAUUCGCGAAAAGAGCUCGCCCGAAACGCAACCAGCGCUUAACGGAGGAGAGCUCCAGCUUCGCUAUUUCGGGACGAGCGGCACGAACCCGAGGAUCCAUGGCGUCCGUCCUAGAGAUGAUGUCCGUCACGCUAGCGGUCAUGCCAUCCACAACUCGCACACGGGGCCCAGUGCCACUUCAAACUGAAACGCUCAACGAUCUGACUGCAACUGAGCGAGCAGCACGCACCCAUCCUGAUGCACCGCCGUAUCUUCCGCCAUUGUCAUUCGCAGACCACGCAGAGGAAAUGUCGAGUAUCAUGUAUGCGCCGGAGCUUAUCGCUCCUGCUCCGAUCAUAUGGCUACCGAACGACUCGGCUGGCGUUGCGCGCUCGGAGGCCUACGAUCUGCAGCGAUACCACGAUCUACGGACGACGCUCGAUGUGCGUGCCAAAGAGGAUGUGCAUCCUCAGCGAUCGUCUUCGUCGCGCGCUCAUCGA